ACGACGACGACAACGGCCGCCAAACGCCUGAAACGGCAACGGCAACUUCGGGGGGUCUGACAUACGUGGUGUUUGUAGUAUGUGCACGCGUGCACGUGUUGAUUUCGCGAUAUAUUAGCGUUAAAAUAAUAAUGCCGGUGAUCGAGUAAAACUUGUAAAGCCGAUUUAAUGAACGAAUAGUUGAAGAGUAUAUUUUUCUGUAGACGGAAAUUAUAAGAAAGCUUCAAGAUGAGCACGAUUUUGGAGAAAAUUGCGGCGAUCGAGUCCGAGAUGGGCCGGACUCAAAAAAACAAGGCAACUUCUGGCCAUUUGGCCAUGCUCAAGGCCAAACUGGCCAAACUUAGACGGGAAUUGAUAACUCCGAAAGGGGGUGGUGGUGGUGGUGAAGCUGGUUUCGAAGUUGCCAAAACUGGAGAUGCUAGAAUUGGCUUCGUAGGAUUCCCUUCUGUCGGAAAAUCAACUCUGCUUAGUACCCUAGCGGGUGUGUAUUCGGAGGUUGCCGCAUAUGAAUUCACCACCCUAACAACCGUGCCUGGAUGCAUAAAGUACAAAGGCGCCAAGAUACAGUUGCUGGAUCUGCCUGGUAUCAUUGAGGGUGCCAAAGAUGGUAAAGGUAGAGGUCGACAAGUAAUAGCCGUCGCAAGAACUUGCAGUCUGAUUUUUAUAGUACUGGAUGUGUUAAAACCGCUUGGUCACAAAAAACUCAUUGAACACGAAUUGGAAGGUUUCGGACUGAGGCUGAACAAGCAACCACCCAACAUCAAUUUCCGUAAAAAAGACAAGGGCGGUAUAAAUCUGCAAACAAUGUGCACGCAGUCUGAACUUGAUCUUGACACUGUCAAAUCGAUUCUAUCGGAAUACAAAAUCCACAAUGCCGACAUAACUUUACGCUACGACGCAUCAUCAGAUGAUUUGAUUGACAUUAUUGAAGGCAAUCGAGUUUACGUGCCCUGCAUUUAUCUUCUUAACAAAAUAGAUCAAAUAAGUAUCGAGGAAUUGGACGUUAUUUACAAAAUACCUCAUUGCGUACCAAUUUCUGCACAUCACAAGUGGAAUUUCGAUGAUUUAUUGGAAAAAAUGUGGGACUACCUGAAGCUCGUGAGAAUUUACACGAAACCGAAGGGACAAUUACCUGAUUAUAACUCACCCGUCGUACUGAAUACUGAGAGACGAACAGUAGAAGAUUUUUGUAACAAACUCCAUCGCUCAAUUGCCAAGGAAUUCAAAUACGCGCUAGUUUGGGGCUCGUCGGUAAAGCAUCAGCCGCAAAAAGUCGGCAAAGAUCACGUUUUGUCUGACGAGGAUGUUGUACAAGUUGUGAAAAAAGUGUGAUUCAUUUAUUUUUAGUACAUAUACACAGAGAUAAAUAACUUUCAAGAAUUA